UGCCAUGGUGAGGCCCGCUCAGUAGCGACCGCGAGCUGGCGCCAGGGGCCGCAGGGUCGGAGCGUGGCUUUGAAGCCGCUUACGCUGCCACCAUGAGCGGCCGAAGUAAAGGUAGAAAGUCCUCCCGCGCCAAAAACCGGGGCAAAGGCCGAGGCAAAGCCCGAGUUCGCGCUGCUCCCGACGACGCCCCCCGCGACCCGGACCCAACACAGUGCCAGAGGCUCGGGGAGGAAACCCAGGCAGCACAGGUGCAGGCUGGCGCGGGUUGGGGGGGUCUGGAAACUGCUGUGGCCGCGCCGCUCCGUCGGCCCGCGGAGGAGGCGGCCUGCCGGCUCCCCCUGGAUUGUGGCCUCGCGCUCCGGGCCCGAGCAGCGGGGGGUCGCGGGCAGGCCACGACCAGGCCCUGCCCAGGGAAGGCCAUGUCCCUCUCAGAGCGCCUAACAGCAGACACGGUCUUCGUGGGAACCGUGGGAACUGUGGCAAGGCCAAAAAAUGGCUCCCGCGUUGGAAAUCGGCGUGGCGCUGCUGGGAAGAAGGCCUCAGAAACCUGUGGCGCAGCGGGGAGGGGACCGCAGGCCGUAGCUGGUGGGAGGCUGAAGAAAGGGGCUACUGGGGAGAGUGUCUCCACCCCUGUGGCAGAGGAGGUGAAGGUGGAAAAGGAUGCAGGGUCGGGGCCCCUGGCGACCGAAGGCAGCAUGGAUACGCUGGAGACCGUCCAGCUGAAGCUGGAGACCAUGAACGCCCAGGCGGACAGGGCCUACCUUCGGCUCUCGCGGAAGUUCGGGCAGUUGCGACUGCAUCACUUAGAGCGGCGGAACCUCCUCAUCCAGAAUAUCCCAGGUUUCUGGGGGCAGGCUUUUCAGAACCACCCCCAGCUAUCCUCCUUUCUGAACAACCAAGAUAAAGAGGUUCUCAGCUACUUGAACAGCCUGGAGGUGGAAGAGCUUGGGCUCGCCAGAUUGGGCUACAAAAUCAAGUUCUACUUUGGGCGCAACCCCUAUUUCCAAAAUAAGGUGCUCAUCAAGGAAUAUGGGUGUGGGCCUUCGGGUCAGGUGGUGUCUCGUUCUACUCCAAUCCAGUGGCUCCCGGGACAUGAUCUCCAGUCCUUAAGCCAGGGGAACCCAGACAACAGCCGUAGCUUCUUUGGGUGGUUUACAAACCACAGCUCCAUUGAGUCUGACAAGAUUGUGGAGAUCAUCAACGAGGAGCUGUGGCCCAAUCCCCUGCAGUACUACCUUAUGAGUGAAGGGGCCCGUGCAGAGAAAGGAAAGGAGGGUCGGCAGGGUCCAGCAAGGCAGCCGGUGGAGACCCCUGACCCUGGGGCAAACAAGUCCAACUGAUCCAGCACUAGUCUCCCUACUACCUCCUGUUAGACCUGUGCCUAGCUAACCACAUGUGUUUGGCCGUCUGCCGUCUCUUCAUGUUGGCCUCUGUGCACUAUUAUUAUUUUAUUUGGACUUCAGUGACAAGAAUAUGGCAUUUAUGAUCAUGUUCUUUUGUGCCUUCGUGGCCUUGUUGCUUUUUUCACAUUAGUGUUACAUGUUAAAUGAUCUCACCCCUACUGUUUAUACGUUAAGCACACAUGCUUCAAGUGUGUGCUGCCUUUGUCUACAUUGCCUGGACCGUUCUUGGCUCUGGCCUUUCUCAGCUGUCUUUAACAUGGACAAUCACAAGUCAUCCUCCACGAGGACUAGUGCAUUCUUAAGCUAUGCUGCUUCAGGGCCAGUGACUUGCUGAGCUUUGUGUUCAUGCUGGCCAUGUGUGCCACCUGUGGCGAGUUCUGUUGCCACUGCAGAAUGAAGCUAGCCUACCUGGUAUUGGCCAUCAGCCCAAACUGAUUGUUUCAAGGCCCUGGGGCCACCAGCCAAGGUUCCACCAUCUAUUGGAUCUCUGGCUUUGGCCAGGGGCAUAUGCUGCCCUACUGGAUAUGUGGAAAAGCACUUGACUGCUGGGCAUGGAUGAGGUUAAGGGUGAGAAGCAUAAUGCCAUGAGUUCUAUACCACUAUGGGUCUCUUCCUGCCUCUGGGCCCUUCUGAUGAACCUUCAUCAAGGUCUCACUUGUGCCCCAUCACUGUCAGGCCACUGAGAUUGCUUUUGGCCCCAGUUGGCUUCCCGGUCAAUGAGGACCUCAAGAACUGCCUGUGGACCAAGGCCCCCUGCCAGUGCAUGAGACACACACCUACUUUCCCCAAUCUUCCAGGAACCCUCCUGCCUGCCAGACUGAUGGGCGGGUAUGUGGACAUGUGCUCACUGUCAUCAUGCUGUGGCUCCAGGUGAGAGUGAGGACUGGACCCACAUACAAUCUAGGUGUGGCCUUGCAUAUGUGGAAGAUUGAUGCUAUAUGCUGCUUAUUUUGCCAUAAGUAAAAUCUUACCAUUUUCCCCAUUUUUGC